UCUAAUAAUAUUAAUAAUUUGCCAAAUGGUGAUGAUGGUGAAUAUAAUGAUAUAAUCAAUGAAGGACAAAAUAUCACCAUAUCAUUUUAUGAUGAUAAUGAUGAAAAAAAUUUUCAACAUUUUCAUCGUGAAUUAUUCAUACUAUCAAUAUUUAAUGCACAUUAUAUUUCAUGGAUUAGAAAUCAAGAUUGUCAUCAAGAUUUCGAUGAACGUAUUGCAUCAAUAUUGGUUCAAGUGGUUGAUAUUUAUCGUUUACAUUUACAAGAUAUAAGAUUAUUACAAUGGUUAGAUGAUUGUGAUGAAAAUCGUUCACAAUUUUUAAGUUGGCUUUUUCAUCAUUCUAUUGAAAGUUCAUUUUAUUUGGAACGUGAAUUACAGCUGAAAAUUGAUGAUAUUACCAUUGAUCAAAGUUAUGGUGAAUUUGAUCGCUCAAAACGUUUUCUUAUCUAUGCCGAUUAUGAUGAUGUUGAUGGUAGUGGAGGAAAUCGGAAUAAAACUGAACAUCUGGGCCAUUAUCUUGGUCAUUUGGAUUUUGUCAAAAAUUCUAGUUGUAAACUUCGAAUUCCGGCAAUAGCAAAUUUUUCACAUAGGGAAAUGUUUAUCAAUCUGGUUCUUGUCGAUCAUCAUUGUGAUGAUGAUGAUGAUCAUGAAAAUUAUUUACUGAUGAUGAAAUUAUCUGAAACACUUGUUUCCGGUUAGGGUUGGUCACAAAAAUUCAAGUUUGAACAAUUCUCACAACGACGACAACAAAAAGAAAAUGAAUCAUCAAUCAUUGAAUUUAAAUUGUCGGCAGAUUGGUCAAUAUGGCCAGAAUCGAUUAAUGAAAAUUUCAUCGAUAAUUACGCUGCAUUGUCGAUGGGUGAAUUUCUUUCAAGUUUAUUUUUACGUAUGAAUGGUGAAUAUAAUUGGAAGUUUUUUCGUCCAUUUUUCAUUGGUCGUUUUAUACGAUCAUUUCAAGAAGAAUUUGAACGAUUCAGCCAUCAUCAGAUGACAAAUGCCGUGUUUGAUAUUGAAGAAAGUGUACGAAAAACUAUAGCAACAUUGAUGUUGGUGAUUGAUGAACCAGAUGAUCAACUAUUAUUAUUCAAUAGUGUUUAUCGCCAUUUUCAUUCGAAAUUCACAAAACCAUUGAACGUAACGGAUUUUUUGACAUUUAUUGGAAUUUUUUCAAAAUUCCAUCAUGAAGAUCAACUUGAAUUUCUGAAAAUUUUUGAAGAAUUCAUUCUUACCAAUUCUGUUGAAAUGAUUAUUAGUGAUGAUUAUCGCGGAAUUUAUCGUUUAUUAGCCCUGUUAUCUAAUCAUAGUGGUCAAUAUGAAACAAAACAAUUGAAAAAGAUUCUGGCACCAUUUCUUAUUCGUUUAUUAAUUUCAUUAACAUCAUCAUCAUCAUCAUCAACAUUGUUAUUUAAAAAUAUGGCCAACAACAACUACGAAGGAAAAUUGGAACGUUAUACCAAGAUCUUACAUCGUCUGAUACAUAAGACAAUAUCAUUAUUGAUGCAAUGUAUUGAUUAUAUGAAACCAUAUAAUUGGUCUAUAUUAUCAAUAAUGGAUGAACCAAUGUCAUCUAUACGCAAUGUAUUGAAUGAAAUGAUUGAUAUGUUUUUAUUGGCCCAGAUUAAUCGUAAUGAUGAUUAUGAUGAUGAUGAUGAUGAUGAUGAAGAAAAACCAUUUACAUUUGAAAAUGAUAUCGAAACAUAUCGAUUAUUAUUUAUCAUUUAUAUUCGUUUAAUUAACGAUAAUAUUUUGGAUCGCCAAAAACAUUUAUUACCAUUAUUGACUACGAAAAGAAUACGUCUUUAUUAUUAUCUUUGUCGUCGUUCCAUUCAAUAUCAAUCUACAGAAUUAAUGAAUGAAUGAAUGAAAAGAUGGUACAACAGGUUUUUUUGAUUGUUUUUUUUUACUAAAUAAAAAUUUUAUUGCAAUUAAGCGACUGUAUAGAAAUUGUUUCCACUAUAUUGUUGUGAUGAACCUUUCCAUGGUAUGAUACGAAAACCGAUCGGUGUACCAUUCCAUUGAUCA